AUGAAGGAGGAGUGCCACGGAGUGGAGGAAAGCGAACGUCCAGAAGGUGGCAACAAUAAACACUCUGUGAAAUCGAAUAUGUAUGCUUUGAAGACGUCGAGUGCUUUUGUUGAAAUGUAUAGGCUAAGCAGGUGCAUUAAACUAAGCAUCGCUCACAGCAACAAGGUAGCGGUCAUCAAACGGACGCAACACAAUGCCGCUCCCUGA